UCAGACGAUCAUGGCUAGGGGUGCGUUGAAGUGGUUAUCUGUUCUCCUUCUGGGCGCGGCGUUCGCACAGCCAGUACCGGACCCCCAAUAUCCGUGCGACCCCUGCCCAGAACCAUGUCCACCACCGAACCCCUGCCCAGAACCAUGCCCGGAACCUAACCCCUGCCCGGAACCAUGCCCGGAACCGAUACCGGACCCCUGUGGCCAUGACGUGGUGGAAAUACGACCUUGCAAUCCUAAUGAACCGGACGUCAAUUAUAUUUAUGGGCAAGCGCCUUAUGGAUCCGUCCUCGUAAAACCAGGUCAAAUCCGCUUCCCACGCCCGGCUCCCAUCGUGGUCCGUCCGGGCACGGUAACCCCUCCCAGCCCCCCGGUGAUCUACGUCAAACCCGGGCCCGUCCAACCCCCGACCCCUGCACCUAUAUACGUGAAACCCCCGCCCGUGCAACCCCCGACCCCCGCGCCGAUACAGGUCCAACCAGCGCUGGUGUACCCUCCACAACCAAGGCCAAUAGUUGUGCGACCAGCGCCUGUUGUGCCGCCUAAGAUUCCACCGAUCAGGGUACAACCCCAAAAGGUGUUCCCACCCCCACCAGCAGCUUUAGUCGUGCAACCCCCAAAACUGAUCAUCCCACAACCCCCAGUCAUCUGCUUCCGACCGAACCCGACAACCCCCAUACGUGCGUGCGGUUGUGCCCGUAUCAGUAUAUACAACCCCUGUCCCUGUCCACCCCCUCCCUGUCCACCCCCCUGCCCCCCGCUGCCCCCUUGUCUAUGCCAGGGGUAAUUCCCCCUUGUAAGGGGUAAAUAAUAUAAUAUAAUAUUAUGUAUAUGUGAAGCUAUGUUUGUAAACGUGUUGUGAUUUGAAAUAUAUAACGGGUAUUUUUUCAAGCA